CUUGACUUAUCUGUAUUGGAUUCAUUGAUAGAUAAGUUAAAAUCUGGUAAACAUGUAGACGAAAGUAGUCAAGCUGAAAGAGAUUGCUAUCGUUUAUUAAGUGACUUGGAUCAUGUAUCAGGUAAAGUGAAAGGUUCAAGGACGACUCAAAAGUGGAAGAGGAAUGAGGCUUGGUCGAUGAUAACUCACCUUGGGGCUCCUAGCUGGUUCGUCACUAUUGCUCCCGCAGACCAGAAUAGUCCUCUUUGUCUGAAAUUUGCAUCCGCUGAAUGCGACGAUAAGUUUGAUGUAGAUUUAUUGGACCCUACAGAUAAAGUACGGCUUGUAGGCCGCAAUCCUGUCGCUAGUGCUCGUUUCUUCAACAUAGUUGUGACACUGUUUAUCAAACACAUACUGGGCCACAAGUCUGGACAUAUUGGCAUAUUUGGGGAAACUGUGGGUUUUUAUGGCACGGUAGAGCAG